AACUAUGUAGCAAUGGCGGACUCUGACAUGCCGAACGCAGAUGGUGACGGGAAGCAAAUCAAAGAGGAGACUACACCUGAGAUAGCUAUCACAGUGACUGAAGAUCCAGAAGAUAAAGUGAAAGAGGCAGAAAAACUUAAAGAAAAGGCUAACGAGUUUUUCAAAAAUGAAGACUAUAAUCAGGCAAUUACAUUCUACACACAAGCAAUAGAGCUGAACCCAGAUGUGGCGACCUACUACUGUAACAGGAGCUUUGCCUACCUGCGCACAGAAUGCUUUGGUUAUGCAUUAAAUGAUGCUGGCCGAGCCCUUCAGCUGGACAGGUCCUAUAUAAAGGCCUAUUACCGACGAGCAUCUGCGAACAUGUCUCUGGGUAAAUACAAGCUGGCACUUAGAGAUCUGGAGACAGUAGUAAAGGUGCGUCCAAACAAUAAAGAUGCCAGAGCCAAGUUUAACGAAUGUCAGAAAAUCGUACGCAUGAUGGCCUUCCAGAAAGCCAUCUCCGUAGAGGACAGCAAGUCGGUGGCUGAGCAGAUUGAUCUGGCUGCAAUGAGCAUUGAUGAUGACUACGUUGGACCAAACUUUCAGAAUGGAACAGUUACAGAGGAGUUUGUCAAAGAACUCAUGGCAACAUUCAAAGAUCAAAAAAGUUUACACAGAAAAUAUGCAUACCAGAUAAUCCUGGAAUGUAAGAACUUGUUCAUGGACCAGCCUGCGUUAGUAGACAUCACAGUAUCAGCAGGAGAGAAGUUCACUAUAUGUGGUGAUAUACAUGGGCAGUAUUAUGAUCUACUUAACAUAUUUGAAUUGAAUGGGCUUCCUUCAGAGAAAAAUCCAUAUCUUUUCAAUGGAGAUUUUGUGGAUCGAGGAUCUUUUUCAGUAGAGUGUAUUCUUCUGUUGUUUAGUUAUAAACUGCUCUACCCAAAUCAUUUCUUCAUGGCCAGAGGUAACCAUGAGAGCUACACCAUGAACCAAAUGUAUGGCUUCGAAGGAGAGGUCAAGUCCAAAUAUACUGCCCAAAUGGCGGACCUCUUCACUGAAGUCUUUAACUGGCUACCCCUGUGUCACUGUAUAAACAACAAAAUUCUAGUAAUGCAUGGGGGUUUGUUCAAAGAUGACAGCACUACGUUAGAUGAUAUCAGGCAGCUGCAAAGAAAUCGGCAACCACCAGAAAGCGGGGCAAUGUGUGAACUUUUGUGGUCAGAUCCACAAUCUGUCUGUGGCCGCAGUGAAAGUAAACGAGGCGUGGGCACCAUGUUUGGACCAGACAUUACCAAAUCCUUCCUACAACGCAAUAACCUUGAUUACAUUGUGCGAAGUCAUGAGGUGAAACAGGAAGGAUAUGAGGUGGCUCAUGACGGCAAGUGUAUAACCGUGUUCUCCGCCCCUAACUACUGUGAUACUAUGGGCAACAAAGGUGCAUUCAUUAACAUCAGAGGUGAUGACUUGACGCCCAAAUUUACGUCCUUCAGUGCAGUGCCACAUCCCAAUGUCAAGCCUAUGGCCUAUGCAAGCUCCUUGUUCAGUAUGUUUGGAUGAUGGACCAAUCACCUAGUGACUUAAUUCUGUGUAAAUCUGAAGAUGACAUAUAUGUGUGAGAGAGUGAGUCAUGGUUAGGAUCAAGUAGGACUGGGUUCCUGGAGCACUAGAAUUGUUCCAUGGGGACACACAGUUACUCUUUAUCACUAGUCGAGCACAUGAGUACUAGUUAAGGGGGAUAAACAGUUAUCCUUGAGUACUGGUUACCAGGGGACACAAAGUUAACCUUGAGUUCUGGUUACAGGGGGACAAACAGUUAUCCUUGAGUACUGGUUACAGGGGGACAAACAGUUAUCCUUGAGUUCUGGUUACAGGGGGACAAACAGUUAUCCUUGAGUUCUGGUUACAGGGGGACAAACAGUUAUCCUGGAGUACUAGUUACAGGGGGACAAACAGUUAUCCUGGAGUACUAGUUACAGGGGGACAAACAGUUAUCCUGGAGUACUAGUUACAGGGGGACAAACAGUUAUCCUUGAGUACUAGUUACAGGAGGACAAACAGUUAUCCUGGAGUACUAGUUACAGGGGACAAACAGUUAUCCUGGAGUACUAGUUACAGUGGGACAAACAGUUAUCCUGGAGUACUAGUUACAGGGGACAAACAGUUAUCAUGGAGUACUGGUUACAGGGGGACAAACAGUUACCUCUGAGCACUAGUUACAGUGUGACAGUUACCCUGGAAUGCUACUAACUAGUUACAGCUGGACAUUAACCUUGGACCACUAGGGCUGUAACAGAAGGAGGAACUUAUUCCAUUUUACUCUCUAUGAAAUCAGUGACUUGUUCCUGAGAUGAGCUGUAUUACCUACAUAUUUGGUUAAUCAUCAUGACCUUAACCUAUCAGUGCAUGAAUUAUGUUGCUUUAAGAAGUGAUUUUGGAAAGAAUAAUGAAUAUAGACAUUAUAGUGACAGUAUAGUUUGAAUACAUAAUCAAGUGAAUGUUUUUAACUUUUUAAAGUAGACAUGACUUGUUGUAACUACUGCCUCCUCUGUUACCAGCCAGGAGUUGUCAGGGAUGUUGUGUUAAACUGCAAUAGUACAUAUUAAGUUAUGUUAUGUUUUGUGAAAGUACUGCUCAGUCAUGUUUGGAUGAUAUAAGAUUCAGCUUUAGUACAGGUGUGCAGACACUGGCCCGUGUAUGUAUGGGUGACAGGUGUACAGUCACUGGCCCGUGUAUGUAUGGGUGACAGGUGUAGAGUCACUGGCCCAUGUAUGUAUGGGUGAUGUGUACAGUCACUGACCCGUGUAUGUAUGGGUGACAGGUGUACAGUCACUGGCCCGUGUAUGUAUGGGUGAUGUGUACAGUCACUGGCCCGUGUAUGUAUGGGUGACAGGUGUGCAGUCACCGGCCCGUGUAUGUAUGGGUGACAGGUGUACAGUCACUGGCCCGUGUAUGUAUGGGUGACAGGUGUACAGUCACUGGCUCGUGUAUGAAUGGGUGACAGGUGUAGAGUCACUGGCCCGUGUAUGUAUGGGUGACAGGUGUAGAGUCACUGGCCCGUGUAUGUAUGGGUGACAGGUGUACAGUCACUGGCCCGUGUAUGUAUGGGUGACAGGUGUACAGUCACUGGCCCGUGUAUGUAUGGGUGACAGGUGUACAGUCACUGGCCCGUGUAUGUAUGGGUGACAGGUGUACAGUCACUGGCCCGUGUAUGUAUGGGUGACAGGUGAACAGUCACUGGCCCGUGUAUGUAUGGGUGACAGGUGUAGAGUCACUGGCCCGUGUAUGUAUGGGUGACAGGUGUAGAGUCACUGGCCCGUGUAUGUAUGGGUGACAGGUGUGCAGUCACUGGCCCGUGUAUGUAUGGGUGACAGGUGUAGAGUCACUGGCCCGUGUAUGUAUGGGUGAUGUGUACAGUCACUGGCCCGUGUAUGUAUGGGUGACAGGUGUAGAGUCACUGGCCCGUGUAUGUAUGGGUGACAGGUGUAGAGUCACUGGCCCGUGUAUGUAUGGGUGACAGGUGUAGAGUCACUGGCCCGUGUAUGUAUGGGUGACAGGUGUGCAGUCACUGGCCCGUGUAUGUAUGGGUGAUGUGUACAGUCACUGGCCCGUGUAACUAUGGGUGACAGGUGUAGAGUCACUGGCCCAUGUAACUAUGGGUGACAGGUGUAGAGUCACUGGCCCGUGUAUGUAUGGGUGACAGGUGUGCAGUCACUGGCCCGUGUAUGUAUGGGUGAUGUGUACAGUCACUGGCCCGUGUAACUAUGGGUGACAGGUGUAGAGUCACUGGCCCGUGUAUGUAUGGGUGACAGGUGUAGAGUCACUGGCCCGUGUAUGUAUGGGUGACAGGUGUAGAGUCACUGGCCCGUGUAUGUAUGGGUGAUGUGUACAGUCACUGGCCCGUGUAUGUAUGGGUGACAGGUGUAGAGUCACUGACCCGUGUAUGUAUGGGUGAUGUGUACAGUCACUGGCCCGUUUAUGUAUGGGUGAAAAUGUUCUGUAGAAUUACAUUAAAAGUGUGACACGAAAAAAUAAAUCAUUUUUGUUAAUGUAACCUAGAGUUACAAUGUUGUUAACAUACAUAUGUAAUUAUUUAGACACCAAUUUAUUGGUAAUGUACUGAUUUAAUACCUAGAAUGUGUUGUGCACUGCAGCAAAUGUCACAAAGAAAAGCAUCAGGUAGUUAUGAUACCUCAACAUAAACUGAUGAUGUAAUACUCUUACUGCCCAAGUGGGAUCCUGAAAUACUUCAUUAAAUGUUACUGUACAUAUCUUUAUAUUUAUCAUCAAAUAAUGACUAUACAAUCUGGAGAAUAUACUGUACAGAAUGUAGGGGGGAAAUUGACAAGACAGUAGUUCAUGGAAAAAACAUGACAUUAAGAUUUAACUUUGUUGUAUUUGAACAUUUGAAAAUAAAUGAAUAUAUUUUACAGUACAUAAAGCAAAGGGAACAAAAAUAAGAUGGCAUGAUACUUAUGUACGAGGGCUGAUUGAUAAGUUGUGAGCCUCGUAUUGAAGGAUUUGAAUUUUGCCGUACAUAUUGUAUUAUUUUUCGACAUAAUCCCCUUCAGUAUCUAUACACUUUUGCCAGGUGUUUUAGGGCCUUAAUGCCACUUUUAUAGAACUCCUUUUCUUGGCUGUUUAGAACAUCAUCCACUGUAUGUUAGGGUUAAGGUGCCUGAAAUAGGUGUUUUCAGUUUUGGAAAUAGAUCGAUGAAAGACUGAUGGAAAUAGAUGAAAGACUGAUGGAGUGAGAUCAGGUGAAUAAGGUGGAUGCUCAAAGAGUUUAAAGCCACAAUCGUGAAUGGCAGCCAUGGCAAUGACACGCUCAAUCACCUUUAGCCUAACACUAACUGAUUUUGUCCACUUUACAAAUGCCACUUUUUUUGUUUACUUUAGAGCGUUACCUCGUCGAUAUAAACUAACCAACUGAGACCAGUCCUUGGGUACACGGCCCUAUAUAUUCAGAGAAUAGUAAGACUUAAAAAGAACAUCCUUGAGUACCUCCUUCAAUACGAGGCUCACAACUUAUCAAUCAACCCUCCUAAAUGUGUUCUAUCAUUGCAUAAUGCACCACACAGAAUAAAAUCUAUGCAACAGAAACCAGAUAUAGAAUCCGAUAACAAUUAUGACUAUAUAGUAUUAAUAUCAUAUUGUAAUUAUUAAGGCAAUGGAAAUUAAAGUCAGAUGGGGACCCAAUGAUAUUAAAGUUCUUAAAAUAUAUAUAACUGUGGUAUACAAAUGUUAAAAAAAUUUUUUUUUUUUAAUCAUGCCUGAAAUAGCAUAAUUAUGUUGGUGAUGAAGCCAACAUAGCAAUAUAAAAAUUCCAUUGUCUCAAUCAUUAUACACAAUUCCUAGUUAGAAGUUAUCGUCAUAUUGCCAUUGAGAAAAGAAAUAGAUAAUGUAUUCUUAGUUUAUCUUUGGAGUGACAUUGUUUGGCAUCUGGUUCCAUGACACCUACCAGGAAAAAAAACUGUUCCUUCAUUUGACCACUGCUGCAACUGAUUUUUUUUUUUUUUAAGAAAUUACUUGAAUGUACAGUAUGAAUUGGCUUUAAAAGUUUUCACUCCCCAACAUACACCAGUGAAUAUGCAGGUCAAAUAAUGUACUCAAAUGAAUAAAAAAAUCCUGACGACCAAUCCAUAUACAAUUUUAAUAUUACAGAGGAGAUAAUUAUUUUAAAUAUUGGUACACUUGUAUGUAUGUAAGGAGGUAUAAAUGAUUUAUUUUUAAAGGAAUGAUACUUCAGACAUAGUGUAGAAUGCAUUGUCAUGUUACUUUAUUGUUACAGUCUUCAUUUUCAACAUUUAAGGUCUUACUCUGAAUGUAUCUAUUACUGGAGAGUAUUGUUUAUAGAUAAUUACCUUUUAUUAGGAUAUUAAUUCAUAUCCUUCUGUACACCACCUAAGAUGUUUUCUAAUUGAUAACAACAGGCCUUAGGGAAAUCAAUUAUCGACUGAAGGGAUCAUUAACAAAAAUCGUACAAUGUUUUUUGUUUAUCUACUAAACUUAUGUAACUGUUUAUUGUUCUAUGUCUGUAUGUGAUCGUUUGUAAUUUACUUGUGUCUUGAUAAAGGGCAGAUUGCCUUGAAAUUUUGACAAUUUACUUGCCUGUGCUGUUGUUAUUAGUGACUUAUUACUAUAUACAACAAAUAUCAAAAUGUAAUCUUAAUAGAGAUGGUCGUUUGGACAGAUUCGACUGUAUAUACAUGUACAUGUAGAUAUACAUGUAGGAGGGAUCUGAUGGGGCAGUAUAGGGGUUGAUGACACUAAAUUAAUGAUAAUGUAUUUUUAUCCAUGUUUAUCAAACCAUUAAUCUGGUAAAUGUACUACUGUCAAAUGACACAUGCUUGGUGAUAAGCCCAGCCUCUUGUUAGUAAUAUGUAGAAUCAAAUAUGGUGUAUGAUUCCAGACUUAAUUAAUAACUGUUGUUUCACUGUAAUCUCUCCUAAAAUGGAAACUUCAUUUAAAUAUCAUUAUCCUUGUAUAAAGACAGUCUUGUGUAUAAGAUUGAUAAGUCACAAAUCUCUUCUGUGUAGUUUUAUUCUUAUGAAAACCAGACAUACCCUGCACAUUUUGUGAAAUUGAUAAGAGUAUGCUGAGCUGAGGCUUCAGGCAGGCCAGUUGUUUGUGAUAUUGUUUUAUUGAGUGCUGAAUUCUUACCUGGAUAUUACUGAUGGGUGGAGUCUGAUGAAAAAGGAAAGGAGGAUGAAAGACUUUUGCGAAAUUGAUAUUUAUGUGUAUUAAAUAAAAAUGAUAAGAAAUUGAA